UCUACUCCGUCUUUCGUGUGUUUCCGCGUCGUUUGCUUGUUCCAGUCUUCAAUUCGUUCAAAUUCUCGAGAUCAUACAACCAUGGUCCACCUCACAUGAGGCCGCUGCUUUCUCGGUAUAUGUCGACUCCACCUCCCCAAUUGAAUGUCAGUUCAUUGUCCAUGGAGCAAUAUCAUAAGCUUUCAGAUGAAGCUAUGAAUACACUGGUUGAAAAUUUAGAGGAACUGAUAGAGGAUCAUGGUGAUUCGUCGUUCGAGGUAGAAUACCAUAGUGGAGUGUUGACCCUCAAACUAGGCGACAAAGGGACUUAUGUUAUCAAUAAGCAACCUCCGAAUAAACAGAUAUGGCUAUCUUCGCCGUUCAGUGGACCCAAAAGAUACGACUACAUUGAAUCAGAUGGAUCCUGGCGAUAUUCGCGCGAUAACAAACCCCUCGACGAUCUAUUGAACGAGGAGCUUAGUCGAACAUUCGACAAACCGAUCCGACUGUCCUUAUCAUCAAGUUCGUAGAAUUUCCGAUGUAUAUGGCUUGUAAUAAUGUAUUGUAUCAUCUAAUGAGAUAUAAAUU